AUGCGAUUCCUUGUAGCUUGGGAUGGCAGCGAGUUGGGUACUCUAGCCCUGCGGGCAACCAUCCACGUGUUGUCUCGGCCGGGGGAUCAGCUGCUCGUGUACCAUGUGCGAAAUCCUGGAAGGUAUGGCGCGUUGGAUGAGUUUGAGUUCGACAACUUGCAAAAGCGCCUGUCAGAGGAGCUGGAGGGAGCUCGUGGCCUUCGCAUCCUGUCACAGCAGAAGUCUGGAGAAAUGGAUGAGGCGGUUAAGCCGCUCACUCAGUUUCUGGUGUCUCGCCAUGGGGUCUGCUGCUUCCGUGCCGGGCUUGUCGAUGCAGUGUUCGAUGUCUGCGACUUGCAGGGAGCAGGUCGCCUCUGCAAGCAGGAGAUCCGGAUGGCUUUGUCAGGCCUGGGUCUGCUCAGCAAGGAGAUCGAGGAAGAGCUCGGCCGAGCCGAGUUCCAUGCGUUGGUGAGCGAGCUCCAGGAAAGCGGUCGUGAGGUGCCCGGAGUUGUUCCUUUUGGGCGUCGGGGCAUGCAGUUGGAGCAGCUGCGGGCCAUCGGCGAGGCGUGCGGCUGUGGCCACCAUGAUGGAUGGUUGGCGAAAGAGUGCAGAAAAAAUGGCACAGCCGGUGAAGAGAUGAAGGAAGACUUGUAUGCCUUGGAUCGCUUCUUUGUCAGACCUGUCACGGCUGGCCUUAAUGACGAGUCUGCUUGGCCUGUUCUCGUGAUUCCGUUGGAUGUGCUGACGACAGCGGUGAUUCCGGGACGACCGCAGGAAAGUAUGUCCUUUUCUCAACUGAAGAACCCGAUCGGCUUGCACUGCGAUUUUUUCGUGAGUCAUUCUUGGUCGCACCCAUUCGCGAAGACUCUGGUGGCUUUGGACUCCUGCGCCAAGAGCUGUCAAGGGGAAAUCCAAAAAGUCGCUUUUUGGAUAUGCCUCUUCGCCCUGAACCAGCAUGACUUAGCAGGAGAACUUUCUGGUUGCGAGCUGGAGAGAACGCCCUUCGCUUACGGCCUCUCCAAGGCAGAGAAGGGAGCCGUCAUGGUUCUGGAUGAGGGCGUGGAGCCUUUCAGGAGGAUCUGGUGUUUGUACGAGGUGCAGCGAGCCUGGGAGCUGGGCAAGAACCUGCAGCUGAUUACGGACCGUCCUGAAGGCAGCGCAGAGGAGCUGGAAGUUUCCGGCCAGUUCGCGAUGACCGUCGCCGAGGAGCUUCAGAACCUCAGCGCCUUUGAUGCGCGCUCCAGUGAUUUGGGCGACAAGAUCAGCAUUUGGCACAAAAUUAUGAACUCAUCAGUGAAAGCCGCAUUUCCCGUUGACAUCUUUCGCACGCACUUUGCGACGGGAGCAUGCAGUAUCCGUGGCUUCGGCAAAGCGUGGUUUACUGAGUUUGAUGCAGGUGUUUGCAGACUGCUGGCAACCCCCGUUUUCAAUUACAGCAUGUCCCAAGCGGACCACGAAAUAGCCUUGAGAUAUCUUGGACUGGGCGCCCAGUGUUCGCUGGACGAUUUGGAACGCCUUUCCAAAGGCAUUGUUGCUUCAGAUCUGCCGCCCCUCUACCAGGCUUGGAUUACGAAUCCCUCCUGUGGUCUGUGCCAGCUGACUCACGUCUACGCCCACUUUGGCGUCUGUGACCUCUUGGAGUAUCUCUUCAAACGGCACGCGGAUCCUACACAGGAGACGAAAGAUGUGAAAUACCGGCAGCCACUACACUUCGCAGCGAAAGCCGGCCAUCUUGAUUGUACCAGGCUACUGCUUCAAUCCCGGGCGGAGGCCCAUUGCUGUGACAAGAAGGGGGAGACGCCGCUGCAGAUUGCAGCAUAUGGAGGACAUCUUGCCGUUGCUGAAGAGCUCCUUGAGUCAAAGGCACUUGUCAACUCCUCGGAUGGCGAUGGCUGGACGCCCCUGAUCUGUGCAGCACGGGCUGGGCACGACGAGCUGGUGGAGCUUCUCAUCACUCACAGGGCGAAUCUGAGGGCCGUGGACGGCGCCGGGCGCUCCGCCCUCAAACACGCCCAACUCGCUCAGCAUGCCCAGGUCAGAGCCAAACUGACCGAAGCGAUGCGAGCAAAUUCUGGACAAGAUCAAACCAAGGAAGGCCAAGGAGCAGAGGAAGAUGAGGAUGAGGAGGAGCUGCCAGAGGUUCAGCUGCCAAGCAGCUUGGACCAAGUGGAUUACAGCUCUGCGAAUGGCCGCCUGCUCAUGACAGUGCAUCAAAAGGAGAAAGCUGAAGCCAUCAAAAUUUCCCGAAUGAUCGUGAACUUUGCUGCGAUCUCGGGAGCGGAUGUCCUCGUGAUGGGGAGCACCGGCCGCAAGGACACGGGCUCCGCAAACUUCCAGAGAACCACGCUGGGAUCGUCAGCUCACUUGGCGGCUUUGGAGGCACCAUGCACAGUGGUGCUCAUUCGGCCUGGCUGCAGAGUGGAUCCGAGACUGGCAACAGUGUUCAUGGUGGCGGUGGACGGCAGCUACCACUCCAGUUAUGCACUCCAGCUGUGCACUGAGUGGGCUCGCCCAGACAAGGAUGAAGUUGUCUGCCGAGUUUUCGGCCCGCCCGAGUUCACGGAGUCCGUGGAGAGGCUUUGUACAGACCAGCUACAGGCUGUCAUGCGAGAUAAGAAGGUUGAAUACGCCGUGAUUCCUACAGAGUUGGACGAAACGGCAGAUGUGCAUGGGGACGAUCUGAGCGACACGGCUCAGCAGUGCAGAUUUCGGCAGCAGGCUUUCUUGGUUUUUGGAGCACGAGGGCGCAACUCUGAAGGAGGCACUGAUCCCUCGUCUCCAACACUCUCCGCAUCGGAGCCUGGCUCGCCUACAGCCGAUGUGCCAACGACCUUGGGUCAUGUUGCACGUUGGUGCAUCAAAGAGGCUCAGUGCAGCCUCAUAAUCGCACGACCGAAGCUUUGGAAGUCGCCAGCAGGUCUUGUAAUUUGGCGCGCCUCGUCGCUGCCGUGA